UGUUUUAUCAGGAGAGCUCUUAUCACUUUAAAGGAGAAUAUUUGCCUACAGGUCGAUGUUGGCGCCGUUGAGCUGAUGUAUCUCCUCCGUUAGAAACUAAGAUUCAACUGUUCGAGCUUGGCAACGGUGUGGUCCGUACCGCCCGUCAGAACCGCCUCAAUAUCACACCGUGAAACAGUCUGGUGUCCAUUACUAUUGUUACGAAUCCUCCAACUUUUGGAUAGACGAUGGAUGGGUAGCAGCCUCAUCGAUCAAGCGACAAGGCCCCCUCAUGCCAUUUUAUCCCUUCCAACAUGAGCGAUAGUCCGGAGACCGGGACCUCCGGCAGGAAGACUCCUGACGGUUCUCCAUCGGAGGAGAUCAAAGGAGAGGACGCCGCACUCACCGAACCUUUACCCUCUUUGCGCAUCACCGCACUUUCGAUUGCAGACCGAGCCUUGGAGUUUCUGUCCACCGCAUCCAAUGAGACUCUCGGCGCGUGCCUCGUCGGCCUUAGUGCAACGACCUACUUUAUUCUAGGACGUGUGGGCUUGGUGCUGAUCGGGGUAGUUGGAGGCGUCGCACUACAUGCCACAUGGGAUGGAACGAUCCGUGGUUUGGAUAUAUCAAAAGAUGCGGCCAGCGAGGAAAAGAGGCGGCGAGAGGUGGCUCUCGACGUCGCUCAACGAGUGCUGGAAUGGCGCAGGGACCGGAAAGGAGAUGAAGAUGCGGAGAAGCCUUCGCAGUCUAUGGCAGACUUGCAACUCCUUUCAGGGACCCGACUCGAUUAUUCGAGUUUCAGGCCGGAGACAUCCGCUGCUCUGACCGAGUUCACAGAUGCUGUGGUACGGGACUACGUGAAAUGGUGGUACUCCCCGAUUCUUCCGAAGGAAGAGUCGUUUCCUGCAUCAUGUGAGCAGACGCUGGUGGCUUUCAUCAAUUCCAUGUCGACCCAUCUCUGGCGCAAACGACCUGAAGAUACCUUCCUGAACUUCCUCACGAACUCCUCCUCGAUCGUCGUUGUCUAUCUCGAAGAGCUGAUGGCUGCUGUAUCAGCAUGUCCGAACAGCUCAACGUUAGAAGCCAUCGAAACCUACCUCGAACUCAAACCGACCAGUAACUUGGCAAAUUUGAUCGAUACGGAGUCACAGGGACGAAAACUCGACAUCGUAGCCGAAGACAUCCUCGAAUGCUAUCUAGAUCCAAAGUCCUUUAAUUGCAGACCAGUCAAGACAUUUCUGCGCGAAGUCUUGGCCAAAUUAAUACUGGAGGUCACAGUCCAAAAGUGUUCCACCGAAGACUUUAUUAAUGGUUGGAUUGUGUACCUGCUUGAGGAAGGGCAGCCCGAGUCUAUGAAGGAGCUGGAGAGUCCUUUGAAUGAUGUUGUUCAAGAAGCGGCGGAGUCGGCACGGCCUGGUGAUAUCACCUCACCUCAAGAAUCUCAGACCGUAGAAAUGAAGAAGAAACAACAUGAGCAGCGGGCAAACCAUCGGCGGGUAGUCAGCAGAGCCCAAGAAGCUAUGGACGACGCUAUGCAGGAGGCACAAAGGUUGACACAGAUGAUCCAGGAGGAGGACGCCCGAAGGGCACGGGAAGAGCAAGACCAAUCGCAGAAAACCUCUCAGACGAACACCACUUCUACCAGCAACCCUGAUGAGAAAAUCUCGCCACCCCUUCCGCAGCGGCCCAAAGACUCGAACGGCCACUCAAUGUCCGCAUCCAUCGCGUCCUCAUUUGAUGAUGCAUCUGAAAGCAAUGAACAAGCUGUUGUAACACCGACCUCUUCUCAAAGCGGCUCGCAUGACCUGACGACCAUGUCGGAAUCAAGACAAUCUGUCGAUCCACCUGUUCACGCGAAUUCAUCCUCCGAGUCCAUCGUCGACACAUCCAAAGCAGCUUUUACGAGUUUCGAUCAACUCAUUCCGAACCAAGUUCCUACAGCUUUAGCAUCUUCUCCCGAGCGUGCCAAAGCUCAACCAGCUCCAUUAACAUUGCAUGAAGCUAUCGUCACGAUAUUUGAUGAUUCUGUCGCCGGAGAUCGCGAAUCUAGACUUGCAUUGAAGACGAAACCAACAGCAGACUACUUAAUACAAAUCGAGCCACGGACCUCGCACUAUCCAGGAUGGAUGAUCAUAAGAAAAUACGCCGAUUUUGAGAACCUUCACGAGGUUAUCAAAAGAAUAUCAGUAAUCUCCGGCGUUCCUGAGUUUUCACAGGCGCAUGCUCAGCUACCGACUUGGAAAGGCAGGACGAAGGCGCAACUCCGUGAAUCUUUGGAACGGUAUCUCACGGACGCGGUCCGAUUUCGAUCGCUUGCCGAAAGCGAUGGGAUGAAACGAUUCUUGGAGAAGGACCAAGCUCUGAGCCGUGCCGGAAGCCAGACCAAAUUUGCUGGCCUCGGCUGGCCCAGUCCAGCAGCUUUUGAGACCAUGGGGAAAGGAAUGAUAGAUGCACUUACGAAGGCGCCCAAAGAGGUCGCAGGAGGAGGAAAGGCUCUCCUGGGCGGCGUAACAGGGGUGUUUACUGGAGGUCACCCAUCCAAACGGAGCUCUACAUCUAUCUCCAGCCAACCACCGGGUUCAGCUAGACAGAGCACCUCGUCCCCCAUCUCCAGUCCUCGCUCUGAAGCGAGUGUCUACAUCUCCCAAGGCGGUCGGAAGAGCGAGGAUUCCUUGACCAAAAUGGCGGCAUCGACUGGGCGCAAGAUCAUCGAUACGCAACCGGGCCCAGAACCUCCAAUGGAGCGCAAAUCCAGUUAUCCUACCGAAGGCAGUGUCGCGCCUCGCUCUGCCACUUCGGCACGAUCACGACCACCGGUUUCAAGCCAGACCAACAGCGGCAGGUCCUCCGUGCGGCAGAGUAUGGACGGCGCCACUCCAAUACUGGGAGGCGAUCAGAUCCUUACUCUUCCACCGCCACCAUCGGCCAUCCCGGACGAUUAUAAUAUCACUGAAGAAUACGAAUCACCACCACCCAAACCGCCUCGACCUCAGUCACCUUCUCUGUCCAAGCAGUCAACAUUGGGUCCAGAAGAUGAUGUCGCGGAUUCCAGCGCCAAGCCACGAACCGACAUUCCUCAGAAGAAAUCCGUCCCCUUGUCGGAGCAAGAAACACAAAUGACCAUUGAACUAGUCUUCGCCAUGAUCACCAGCUUCUACUCCCUCUCUUCGGCGUGGACGCUCCGACGUACCCUUCUGAGUGCCGCCAAGUCCUUCCUCCUUCGGCCGGGCAAUCCGCAAGUGGACUCCAUCCGCCAGCUCGUCCAGUCCACCGUCAUCGAAUCCAACACCUCGGACGCCGGCAUCGCAACCCACAUUCGCAAGCUCCGGGAGAACAGCCUGCCGACCGAGGAGGAGCUGGCCGCAUGGCCGCCGCCGUUAAAUGAGGACGAAAAGCGGAAACUGAGAGAGAAGGCGAGGAAAUUGCUGGAGGCGAGGGGCAUGCCGGCGGCAUUAACGGGUGUCAUGGGCUUGGCCGCUACCAAAGAGGCUGUGAGUCGAGUAUUCGACAGUCUAAUGAUCGACAAGGUUGCUAGAGGGUUGGUUUUUGGGGUAAUGUUGCAAGCUUUGAGAGCCGUGACCCAGUGAUUGGCACUGUGUGGUCUGCUGGAGUCACCGGUGCUGAGCGUCGGCCUGAAUCGGCGCACAUAGCCCACUUGCGGCCUAUACACGGACCCGUUGUGUUCAAUGCGUGUGAGGUACCAGCACGUUUGUAUGAUAUUGAAGAGGGAAUGAU